CUCUGAUCUCAGGUGUUGUUGAAACUCAGGCAGACACUGAAUCUCUGCUGAGGAACCUGAACCACCUGAGGAACACACCUGGACCUGCAGAGUUCUCCUAAACACACCUGGACCUGCAGAGUUCUCCUGAACACACCUGGACCUGCAGAGUUCUCCUAAACACACCUAGACCUGUCGAGUUCUCCUGAACACACCUGGACCUGUCGAGUUCUCCUGAACACACCUGGACCUGCAGAGUUCUCCUAAACACACCUAGACCUGUCGAGUUCUCCUGAACACACCUGGACCUGCCGAGUUCUCCUAAACACACCUGGACCUGCAGAGUUCUCCUAAACACACCUGGACCUGCCAAGCUCUCCUGUACAGACUGCUGAGUUCUGGGACAGGUGAUACGAGGAGGUGCAGGUUUCUGAAGAUGAAGCUGCAUGUGAAGAUUCAGCUGCUGACAUUCAGCUCUGAAGUUUUAAACUUCAUCUUCCUGUUUGUCUUCAGGAGCGGGAGAUGAAACCUCACAGGAAGGAGAUGAUGUUAAAGACGAACCCGUCAGAGCAGCUUCAUUCAGAAACAUGUGACUCAGUUAAAGGUCCAAUCAGUGAGCUGUGUAGAGAGUGAGAUGAUAAAGGCUCUGGGUCUGAGCGUGUUCUUGUGUGGACUGUGGAUCCUGUUCGACAUAAGGAACCUGCUGACUGCCCGCCCCUCAGAUGAGCUGCGUACCGUGGGGGCGGGACUGAUGAUUAUGGGUGGCGUGGUGGGCGUGGUCAGUGUGGUUGGAUUUGUCUCAGCUGUUAAAGAAAACAAAAUCCUGCUGCUAACGUACCAGGGCUUCCUCAUCGUCCUCGUCUUCGGUCAGCUCUUCAUCACUCUGCUGUUGCUCCUGAACAAAGGCAAGAUUGAGAAGAAGGUGGACAACACGCUGGACCACCUGAUCGUCCACUACAGAGGAGACACAGAGAGUCAGGACACGCUGGUGGACAACAUCCAGCACUACGAGAUGUGCUGCGGCGUCAUGGGCCCUUCUGAUUGGCUGAAGAACUUGUUCCUCAAGAACCUGACCGAUCUGGAUUCACUCCCAUGUUCAUGUUUCAACUUCAGCCGAAACUCCACAAGGUGGUGCUACAAGCAACCGGAUAACGUAAUGUACAGAGAGGGUUGCAAAGAGAAGGUCAAAUAUUGGCUGCAGGAAACAUUAACACCAUCACGGCAUGUCGUCGGUCUCAUGUUUAUCCAGAUGGUUCUGUUUGUCCUCAUGGUGUCUCUGUACUACGCGAUCAAAAGCAAAGCUGCUUUGAAAAUAAAUCCUCCAACGGACACUGACCACGCCCCCCUGGACCCCUCCCCGAAGACGACCUGAUUAAUGGAGAGCAGAACUACAGUUACAUAGAUCCUGAUGAUGGCUACAUUGACCCUGCCCACCCAGCACAUCUCCAUGAAUAGCCAGAGCCUGUAGAGCCCGCACACUUUUUAUACGAACAGUUAAUGAAUCAAUAAAAUCUGUAAAUUUAAACAAAUGGAGCAGGAUCAAACCGUUGGUACAGCAUUUAUGGUUCUAUGGGGGCUUGUGAAUGACGUUUUUUACUGUUUUGCUUGCAAAAAGCUUCAAUGCAAAGUAUUUUUAACUGCAUUGGCUCUGUUUGUGUGUGUGCCUGUGAGUCCAUGCGGGUGAGGAAACCCCUUGCCAGAUUUGGUAUCCAAUCACUAUGAAUUAAAGUUUGAGGACGCUGAAAAGA